AGUGCUGUGAUAAGAUAUUGUGUAAAAUAAUGAAUUUGAGGAAUUUAUCUGCACUGUAUGUUGGUUAGCUAGCUAGCCAGUUUUUGUUGAGGAUGAAUUCCCUACAUGUUACAAAUGAACUGCCAAUAUGCCAACAUUCCAUUCAAACAAUGCAGUCAAUCCACAGCCAUCCAGACACUGGCUGAUAUCACUGGAUGACAGGACAAAUCUGAGGGGGCACGACGCCUCUGAGUGAGAGGGAGAAAAAGAGGGAGAAGACUGGUGGGAUUACACACAAUGGACUUCCCUCUGGCUCACAAAAAAAAAAAAAAAACACUAAACGUUUAUACCUAUGGCAAAGUGAACUGGUUUUGGCAAGCGGGAGCCGUGGGCGGCUCCUUUAAGGGCAGACAGUCCUGGAAUGAGAGACCGUGGAUCCUACAGUGCAGUGUGCUUCGAAUGGAUAUGGAGGAAAUGUAACGGCGCGGCCGCUAGCCUCUUAUAUCUGUCUAACCGCUCAUCGAGAAUACAGAUAUGAAGACAAUUAAUACAUAUUAUUGGACUUGAUUGGAGAACAACAACAACAACAACAAACAACAGAGCAAGGAUUGGCUCCCAGACAUCAGCGUAGCGCCAUGCAGUGAGUCGGACAUCGAGCCUCUCCAAGGCGGGUUGGCAUGGCCCAGUGAUGAACGGAGCGGCGGUGCCCGGCAGCCCGGAGUUCUCCUCCUCAUGCCCGCUGCCCGACUGGAGAGAGUUCUGCGAGCUCCAUGCCCGUUCCUCCGCCUCCGACUUUGCCCACAAGUUUCGCCGCUUCCUAACGGAGAACCCGUGCUACGACUCCCCGGGCGCCGACAGCAGCUUCUCGCAGCACUUCGCCAGACACUUCCUGGAGUGUUUCUCUGCUGCUGUCACACAAGCCAGGGACCACCAGGCCUCGCUUUCGCCAGGGGACGACGGCUCCAACGCUCCCCCCAAAUACAGCAUUGUUCCCUUCCUGGGCAUCCAGGGCUGCCUUCUGCCCUACGGACACAACGACCUCUACCAGCGGCGCAAGGACACCGGUGCCUCCAGCGAGUCCCUGGACAGUAUGGACAGUGGAGGUUUAGGAAUAGAAGGGAUAGGAGGAGGAAGUUCUUCCUCCAUGGCUAUGGCCACCUCCCGCACCCCUCAACCCACCCACAAGCCCUCUGCUCUGGGCCAAUCACGCAGCUCAGAGGACGUGUCAGUGGGACACCCCAAGGCCCGCUUCAAGAAGGGAUUCUCUCUGAGGAACAUGAGUCUGUGUGUGGUGGACGGGGUGAAGGAGAUCUGGCACCGCCGCGCCUCCCCUGAACCAGACCCUGUAGGAGGGUCCGGAGGGGUCAGACGGGCCAACGGAGGAGGGGAGCCAGGGGGGGAGAGAUGGUCCCAGAGACUGCGUCUUCACAGGGGUUCCCAGGGGCACAAGGCUGAGCUGCUGGAGAUCCAGAGAGAGGGGGCUCUGCGUUACAUGGUAGCUGAUGAUACUAACUGUAUAGGGGUGCCUCAGUGGCAGAAGUGUAGGUUGCUGCUGAGGAAGACCAGGAGGGACGAAGGGGGUAACAAGUUCCUGUUGGAGUUCUAUGUGCCACCCAAGUCAUCAAAGCCCAAGGUGAGCAUCCCUUUGUCUGCCAUCGUGGAGGUGAGGACCACCAUGCCCCUGGAGAUGCCUGACAAAGACAACACCUUCGUCCUGAAGGUGGAGAACGGAGGUGAAUAUAUCCUGGAGACCAUCGACUCGCUGCAGAAAAACUCCUGGGUCGCUGACAUCCAGGACUGCAUGGACCCUGGGGACAGUGGAGAUGACAUUGAGCUGGCGUCAUGUCCCAACGGCCAGGCGUCUAAAGAGUUCUCCAUGGUGGCCUCCUGCAGCUGUGAGCUUCUGUCAGAGGGUGUCCAUCGUGUCCCUGAAAAAUCCUGUGGCUCAGCAGCAGCAGAACUGUAUAGCGCCCCCUCUGUCCGCUGCAGAGAACUACCCUUCACCCAGCACCCUUCCCAUGUUCCCCUGGAGCACUUCCUCCAGUUCCCAGAGGCCCAGGAGAAAAACCCCACCACAGGUGUUUCAGGUGAGGGAGCGACCGAGGCGGAGGCUGACCCCAGCCUGGCAACCUACCCAUGGUUCCACGGGACGUUGUCACGCGUACGGGCGGCCCAACUGGUGCUGGCGGGCGGCCCUAGGAGCCACGGGCUGUUUGUGAUUCGCCAAAGCGAGACGCGGCCGGGGGAGUACGUCCUCACCUUUAAUUUCCAGGGCAAAGCGAAGCACCUGCGUCUGUCGGUGAAUGGUAAGGGUCAGUGUCAUGUUCAUCAUCUGUGGUUCCACACCGUGUCAGACAUGCUGAGGCACUUCCACUCCCACCCCAUCCCUCUGGAGUCAGGGGGCUGUGCUGACAUCACACUGCGUUCCUACGUACAGGUUACCCCCACAGACAGAUAUCCCGUCUCUCUCUACUGCUCUCACACAGAUGUGACCGCGCCUCAGCUCCCAACCCCACCCAGGGACCAAGGCUGCUGGACUGACCCAGCCCAGCCAACCCUUCACCUCCCUGGGGUCUCACAGCCGGCAGGGCCCACCUCCGACACCCAGCUCUCCUCCAGCUCCUCAUCCUCACCAACCGCUCUUCCUUCCCUCUCCCGUGGUGAGCCAGGCAGCGGAGGAGGAGGAGGAGGAGGAGGAGGAGGAGAAGAAGAAGGGGGGCUGGUUAGCAGGAGUAACAGCGCAGAGCGUCUGUUAGAUCCCUCUAGUGGCGCCUCGGAGGACUACCAAGAGACAGACGGAACACGCAGGGCCAGAGCUGUGGAGAACCAGUACUCCUUCUACUGAGACUGGGCACAACCAAACCCGGGAGCUCUCAUUGGCUGAGACACAGGACGUGCAGGGAUUUGGACCCAAUAGGUGAAAGGCCAUGGAUGGCAGGGGAGUGCUGUGUGUGGAUGGACAUGGAUCACUAAUUAUCUUGUUUAUUUUCUUGUUUGUUUUCCAAGAGAUGUGCUGUUUCUCCAAUGUGACAAGGAAGCAUAUCAGACUGUAUGCCAGUCUGUGUCCAGUUAGCCGUUGGAUCUUUGGUCACCCUCAUCAGCAGCUGACAUUGAAAUAUAUGAAGAAACUGAUGAUUUAGACUUGAGUGUGAGGAGAGAGAUGAGAGGGGGGAGGGAGAAAGAGAGAGAGAUAGGGAGGGAGAAGGAGAGAGAGAGAGG